AUGUCUGCUAAAGUGCGCCGUGUGCGCUGUUCUUUCCAGGUGCAUAAUUCCUCUCUCUUUCUCUCUUCUUUGCCAAAACCGCGAGCUUAUGCUCACUCCUCCAUAUCCCUAAUUUCAUGCAGUCUUAUUCAUUUCCUUAACGCACUAAAUUCCCAAACCCGGCAUUCUUCUUCUUCAAGUUCAACAGGCUUCGAUUACUUGAAUCAGUUUUCCCCAUUUCGUAACUCUAAUAAAGCAGCUGCCUCCGAUUCUUUUAACCUUAUUAAUUCGAACGAACGCCGUAGAAUCACUGUUGGGUUGUCAAAAAUAAUCAAGUCGAAACGUGGGUAUUUAUUGAAGGGUUUUUCCAGCGAAUUUUGCCCAUGGUUGAUAGUAGAAAUCAUGAAACAUUUAGAAACCAGAGAGACCGCAUUUGCAUUCUUUAAAUUUGCAUUUAGGGAUGAUUCUGAGAGUACCAUUAGAUCUUCUUGCACCGUUGCGCAUAUUUUGGCGGCUCAGAACCUCAGGUUUCUUGCUCAAGAUGUGGUUUCCUGGGUGAUUAGGAGAAUUGGGCAGAAUAGGGGUGAGGAUUUGGUGGAGUUUAUGUGGGAAGGUCAUCAUGUGUUCGAGUCGGAUUUCUCUGUUCUUGAUACGCUUAUGCGGGCCUUUUUGAUUGUAGAUAUGGGUUCACAAGCGCUGGAGAUUUUGACUAGGAUGAGGGAGGUGGGUGUGAGGCCAAGUUCAUCUGCAAUGACAAUUCUUUUUAAGCUUUUGCUUAGGGUUGGGGAUUAUGGUAGCGUGUGGAAGCUGUUUAGGGAUAUGAUUCACAAAGGACCUUGUCCUUCUAAUUAUACUUUCAAUGUCAUGAUUUUUGGUUUUUGCAGAAAAGGUCACGUUAGAGUUGGAGAGAGUUUGCUUAAUGUGAUGGGGAAGUUUAAAAUUAAUCCGGAUGUUUAUGCAUAUAAUAUUCUGAUUAAUGCCUAUUGCAUUAGUGGACGGACUUCAGAUGCACUUGCUUGGGUCCAUUGGAUGAUAGAGAGGGGUUGUAAGCCAAACAUUGUUACAUUUAGUACAAUUGUUAAUGCCUUGUGUUCUGAGGGAAAUGUGGUGGAAGCAAGGAAGGUUUUUGAUGAGAUUCAAGAGUUGGGUCUUUCUCCUAAUGUUGUAAUAUGUAAUACCUUGAUCAAUGGGUAUGUUAAGGCAAGGGAUAUUGGUCAGGCAAACAUGCUUUAUGAAGAAAUGAUAUCGAAGGGUAUAGCUCCUGAUGCUGUAACUUUUAACAUUUUGGUUGCUGGGCAUUACAAGUAUGGACGGGAAGAGGAUGGAGAUAGGUUAUUGAGAGAGUUAGCGGUACUGGAUUUGCUUCCCGAUUAUUCAUUGUGUGAUAUUUCAGUUGCAGGGUUAUGUUGGGCAGGUCAUUUGGAUGCAGCCAUGGAAUUUUUAGAGAAUAUGCUUGAGAAAGGGAUGACACCAAGUGUUGUUGCUUUUAACUCAGUUAUUGCAGCAUAUAGCAGGGCAGGCUUAGAAGAUGAUGCCUACAAAGCCUAUAAAAUUAUGAUAAAAUCCAGCUUGAGUCCAUCAUCUUCCACUUGUAGUUCUUUGCUCAUGGGUUUGUCCAAGAAGGGGAGGCUUCAGGAUGCCAGGGAGCUAUUGUAUAAGAUGAUGGAGAAGGGUUUUCUCAUUAAUAGAGUGGCUUUUACUGUGCUUUUGGAUGGUUACUUCAGGAAUGGAGAUUUAGCAGGGGCUCAAGAUCUUUGGAAUGAAAUGGAAUGUAGGGGGAUAUCCCCUGAUGCUGUUGCAUUUUCAGCCUUUAUCAAUGGACUUUCCAAAGUUGGUCUAAUGGAGGAGGCGUAUGAUUUGUUUCUUGAAAUGUCAAAAAAAGGAUUAAUUCCAAAUAAUUUUGUAUAUAACUCCUUGAUUGGUGGGUUUUGUAAUGGUGGAAAGAUACAUGAAGCACUGAAAUUGGAAAGAGGGAUGAGGCAGAAGGGUCUCCUUCCUGAUAUUUAUACCUCCAAUAUCAUUAUUAAUGGAUUUUGUAAACAAGCCAGGAUGAAGUCAGCAUUUGAUGCAUUUAUGGACAUUCAUCUGGUGGGGCUGGCCCCAGAUAUUGUAACAUACAACACUCUGAUUGGUGGUUAUUGUGAAGCAUUGGACAUGGUUAGAGUGGAUGAGUUUAUGAAUAACCUGUAUGCUAUUGGGUGGGAACCAGACAUCACAACCUAUAAUAUACGAAUUCAUAGUUUCUGUCGUAGUCGAAUGAUGAAUAGAGCUGUAAUGAUGCUGGAUGAACUUGUUACAGCAGGUGUUAUUCCAGACACUGUGACAUACAAUACUAUGAUGAAUGGUGUUUGUAGAGACAUACUGGAUCGUGCUAUGAUCAUAACUGCAAAAUUGCUUAAGAUGGCCUUUAUUCCAAAUGUCAUUACAACUAAUGUGUUACUAUCCCAUUAUUGCAAGCAGGGGAUGCCAGAAAGGGCGCUAAUGUGGGGUCAGAAGCUAAGUGAGAUUUCCUUUGAUUUUGAUGAGGUUUCUUAUAAAAUAAUGGACAGAGCAUACUGUAACGUACAUAAAGAUGUUGGGUUUUUUAAAGCAACAUCUGGAAAAAGCCUCCUUCUAGAAUUUCUCAUGUACAUUACAUAUGAUUAUUUCUCUAGAAACAGACUUAAACAGAAAACAAGUCAAGAGACUCUUAAAUUCCUUGUGUAAUCCCAAGUGGCAUAUAUGGUGAACUCAUGAUGAGGAGCAUUCCACAUUUGGCAGUAAUGAACUUAAAAGCGGGAACAGUUGUAAAGGAUGUGAAUCAUGGUUGAGAUAAUUGUAAUAGUCUAGCAGAGGUGCUUACUGCAUUUGGAACAAAACAUGUUGAACUGAAAGCACCAGAAGGAGAAAGGGGACACAACAAACAGAGGCCUCUUAUACUGAAUAAGCUAUUCAUAUGUAGAUUUGAUUCAUGGCCUAAAUUACUAGUUGCUGCUUACUUAUAUCUAUGUGUGUCUUCCCUGUCUGAGAGAAGGGAAACCAUAUCUGCAACUGAAUAGCUAGUGGUUGAAGUGAAUGCAUGUGCAAGAUCAGAUUGUCACACUUAAUUUGGAGUGGAGGGAAGAAGCAGUACAUAGGAUGAAGCUUCUAACUAAAAGCUGUGUACAUAAAGUUUUACAGGCCUUGAACAUGGUAAAAGAAACUAUGGGCUUGAGACUUUUUCUUGGGAAGCAGCUGUUGCAAUUAUAACAGUGAACAGUACUGUCUAGAAGACUGCACUUGGAAUUGGUUGCUUUGGGGCAUUAACAUGUGAAUUAGUGGUUGAACUGUACAAGGUUGACAGAGGAUUGUGCAUGCCUACAUGGUAAGUAUCUCAUAUUACCGACACCGUGUCUUGUGAAUACAGUACAGUUGACCCUUGAUGGGUUACGUUUCUGUUUGCUUCCAAUUUUCUAUCAUUAUGUGGACGCAUCAAAAUGCUUUUAAUAUAGCAACCUUUUAGCGUCCUCAGGCUUCAGUCAACCAUUGACUUCUCUGAUCUUUUAAGAAUAUAAUAAUCACCAAAAUUUUGUUUCUUUUUUGCACUGUUGGUAUUAGUGUUUUCGAAACUAUGGAAUAUACUUGUUUUUUGAUGCAAUCUAAUCAACUAUAAAGGUGAAAGAAUUUCUGUGUUAUACAAGUUUCCAUACAGAUUAAUUUAUUGAUGCAGUUGACUUCACACUUGGAGCACUAAUUGAGCAAGAUCUUUGUCUUUAAAUUCCAAGUUAUGGUUAAUUAGGGUGAUCGUAUAUUGUUAUUUGUAAUUUGGCUUACCUAUUUUGAGUAAAUUUUUAUUAGAAAUUAAGCUAAAUAGUUUGAUUAAGCUGUAAGUGCCACAUCUUAUGACUGGUGGAUCUUUUGCAGCUAAUGCAAAUUCAGAUGACUGUUCUUAUUGUAGUUCAAGCAUUGGCAUUGCAGAUAUCUUGGAUGAUUGUUUUUCAUUUCCAAGUGAUGGCUCUCAAUUUUUCAACCAUGACUGCACUGCCCACAUUGGCAGGUCAGUUAUCCAGGGUAGUUCCUUCUUCAGUUUAGGAGCAGAUGUUUAUGUUGAGUAGAUGAGUUGAAAUCAUUGGAUCACAUUUUUUUAAUAGAAGAAAAACGCAAAUCAUACUGCAUAGCUGAAGCUUGAUGGGUGGCUAACACAAUAAGAUGCUCACCUUCUGCUUGGUGGUGACUGCAAAUGGUAUUUUCAUCAGGGGAAGUUUGACUUUGCUGGAGCAACUUGUCGGAGCUAUGCUCGUUGACAAAACCAAAUAAACCAUGUACAUUCUUAGGUAUAUUCUUGUAGCUUGGUUCUCCCAAGUUCAAGGUUUCACAUUAGAGUUUAGGUUGAAUGAUUUUUGCUCAAACAGCAGAAAUGAUGAACCUGGGGGAGGACAGCUAUAUUUUGGGAUAGAAACAGCAAUACAUUGUACGGGAAUCCCAAAAUAAACGAAAUAUGUAUACUUUUGUUUUUUCAAUAAGAAAAAAGGGGGAAUACUAAGGUUUUCUAUUCUUUUU